AUGGGAAGGUAUUCUGUCGAAGAUUUUCUUAUUCAGAAGCUAAACUCUUUGUCCUUCGACCAAAAUCAGCAACCUCAGAAGUCCGAUGGUGACAUUCUUCCACCCAUUGUCUCUUCCUACAAUGAGAAGAUCCGACCAAUUCUUGACGCUGUGGAGAACCUCAGACGCCUUAACAUCACCAAAGAAGGCAUUCAGCUUCCAAGCAUUGUCGUUGUCGGUGACCAGUCUUCUGGCAAGUCCAGUGUCUUGGAAUCUCUCGCAGGGAUCAGUUUGCCACGUGGGCAAGGAAUCUGCACGAGGGUGCCCUUAAUUAUGAGGCUCCAAAACCACCCUCUGCCAGAGCCAGAGCUUGUCUUGGAGUAUAAUAACAAAAAUGUAUCAACAGAUGAACAGCAUGUCUCAGAUGCUAUAAACAUAGCCACUGAAGAGCUUGCAGGGACGUCCAAAGGGAUUCGCAAUACCCCUCUGACUUUGCUGGUGAAGAAAAAUGGUGUUCCUGAUCUCACCAUGGUGGACUUGCCAGGAAUAACCAGAGUUCCUGUUCACGGACAGCCUGAGGACAUCUAUGACCAGAUCAAAGACAUGAUCAUGGAGUACAUCAAACCUGAGGAAACUAUCAUUUUGAAUGUUCUCUCAGCUACUGUUGAUUUUCCAACCUGUGAAUCCAUUAGGAUGUCACAGAGUGUUGACAGAACUGGUUUGAGAACUCUGGCUGUUGUAACAAAAGCAGAUAAGGCUCCCGAAGGAUUGCGAGAGAAGGUUACUGCUGAUGAUGUAAACAUCGGUCUUGGUUAUAUUUGUGUGAGGAAUCGAAUUAAUGAUGAGUCCUAUGAAGAUGCUCGAAGGGAGGAAGCUAUGCUGUUCCAGAGUCAUCCUCUUCUGUCAAAGAUAGACGAAUCCAUGGUGGGUGUACCUGUUUUGGCUCAGAAGCUAGUUCAGCUUCAAGCUUCAAUUAUUUCCAAGACACUUCCAGAAAUGUUAAAAAAAAUCAACGAGAAGCUCAAUUCUCAGCUUUCUGAGUUGGAGAGCUUACCGAAAAACCUAACUUCCACUGGUGAUGCUAUGGCUGCUUUCAUGCAUAUAAUUAGCUCGGUGAAGGAGUCACUCAAGAAAAUUCUAAUCAGAGGAGAAUUUGACGAGUACCCAGAUGACAAAAGCAUGCAUUGCACGGCUCGCUUGGUUGAGAAGCUGAACAAUUACUCAAAAGAUCUUCAUGAAUGUCCAGAAAGCAACCACAAAAAGAAUUUUCUCACGGAUGAAAUAAUGCUCAUGGAGGAAGCCAAGUGGAUAGGCCUCCCAAACUUCAUGCCUCGCACGGCUUUUCUGGCUUUAUUGCGGAAGAAAGUCGAAGGAAUCUCGUCGAGGCCGAUUCAGCUUGUUGAUGAUGUGUGGGACUAUCUGGAAAAAGUGGUGAUUGGAGUCAUCAACCGCCAUUCAGAACACUAUUAUCAGCUUCAGAGGUGGACAUGCAGAGCAGGAGAAAAUAUGAUUGCUCGAAUGAGAGAGUAUUCAAAGAAACACGUAAAGGAGGCCAUCGAAAUGGAAAAGCUGACAGAUUACACUUGUAAUCCAGAGUACAUGACUGAAUACAGUAAUCUGAUGGCUCAGCAGUCUUCUUUUGUUGAACUUGUGCGCCAAGGUCAUAGUGCUGCAAAUAUUAAUGGUCUUGGAAACGACAUAGAGAUUGGUCAUCUGGGACCGCACAUGGAAGUUCUGAAUCAAGCUUAUGACAUGAAGAUGAGAAUGAUUGCUUAUUGGAGGACUGUGCUGAGGAGGCUCAUUGAUUCCAUAGCCCUGCACCUGCAGUUCAGCAUCAACAAUCUGAUAGAUAGGGAGUUGGAGAAGGAAAUCACUGCAUGUUUCACGUCUUCAAGUUUUGGAGGAAUUGAAAGCUUGCUGGAGGAGUCGCCUUCCAUGGCUGGCAAGCGUGCGAUGCUCAGUCGAAGUGUUGAAGUUCUCAGAGAAAGUAAGGAGGUAGUUUCUAACAUCAUGGACAACACUUCUCGUUCCUGAGGUCAAGUGCUCUGACAUGUGUGGGUUUAUCCAUUCUAUGUAUCAGUUUCAGCGUGUUUCUGUAAUAUUUUUCUGUUUUAAUUUGAAGUGAUGGUAUUGCGUUUCUGAAAUAUUUUUCGUUUUUAAUCUGAAAGUGAUGGUACUGUGUUUCUGUAAUAUUUUUCUGUUUUAAUUUGAAGUGAUGGUGUCGUUCCA